AUGAAUUUUCUCCAGCCUUUCAAUUAUUGCUUGUAUCCAUAUAGACAUUCCUAUUAUUAUAAUUUGUAUCCAGAUAACAUCCAAGAAUAGAAUUCAUCCACUGCAACAUACAAAUCAGAAGUAAUAUCAUGGCUCUCAACACUGGAAUAAUCUGAAUUGUAUAAGCUAUUUCAGAUUAAAGGGUAAAUGAAAACCUUUCCAAUAAUGAAAAUGCACAUCAAUGACAAACUAAAUAACCCUUCAAUUUAUGCAUUACGUUUAAAAGAAACCAUUAAUUUUGAGUCUAAAAUUGACGAUUAGUUCAUGAUGAACUUCAAAGGGCUACAUCCCAAAGUAGAAGAAUUGUAUUCUAAAUUGAGCAUAGUUGACGAUGAAAAUUUUAUGGAUACUAUUUUUGUUGCUGAGCCACAUUUAGAAAAUUUAAACUCCUUCCUGGAUUUAUUGCACGACCUCUCUGACAAAUAUUUUCUAUCCACUCCUCCCAAAGCCAUAAUAGAAAAAGCAGAAGAUCCUUUUUGGUUUCAUUAGAAUAGUUUUCACAGUUGUGCAGUUUGGAUCAUCAAAGAAUUUGAAAAAAAUAUUUCCUUCCAUUACAACCUUCACAGAGAGAAAAAGAAAAAAUAGAGACUCUUUAGACAACCUAUCUAUAAGAAUACUUCGAAUGAACUUAAGGAAUUCUUUUUAUAAAAUCUGGCCAAUAAUAAGGAAAGAUUAACCUUCUAUUUUUAGGAAAUCUAUUCAGAAAUUAAAUAACAACCUGAUCGUUUGGAAAAUAAAUUUUAUGAAAACAUCUUCUCAGGAACAGCAAUCAAAUUAUUGAAAUCCUAAGUAGAAUUGCUGUUGACCUUCCAACAAAAAUGUCACACUGAUACAAACAUCAUUAACUCAAUGUUGAUUACAUCAAUGAAUGAUUUAGUGGAUUAGAAAACAUACAUAUUAAAAAAGUUCUAUAAAAUAGUCCAAUAAUUAUUCUAAGAACAUUUAGAAUAAGAAUUGUUUAAAACUGAAAUUUCAGAUAAAAAAUAAAAAAAAGAUAAGAAAAAGAAGAAAAAGAAAUUCUAAAAAAUGAACACAUUCAAGGGAUUAGACCCUAUUGAAUUAAACAAAAGAUUAUCAAGCAAAAAUCUAUUGGAAUCAAAUAUCCUAAGGUUUCAAAGAUCACACUCGCAAAGCAAUCUAGCCUAUACAUAUGUGACUCCCCCUAACACUCCAUCAGCUUGGGAAACCAGCGAUGAUUAAAAUGAAUAUAACAAGAUUUCAAACACAUAGUAACAAUCUUCUAAAUUUUAACAUGCUAACCAUCCAAAGAUAAACUUGACUUAAUAACCAUUAAUAUCUCAAUAAUUCCACACACAUCUAGAAAACCCUACUAAUGAUGACUAUGUUGAUGUUGGUCAAUCUAUUACUACUAAUAUUUUAGAAAUAGCAACUCUGUCAUUGAAUGAUGAAAAUUAAUUUAAGGAACAAUAUCUAAAAGACAAGAAAAGAGCGAAGAAAAAGUAAAAAGGUUUUUAAAAAUCAAUACCAGAAAGUAGAGAUGAACAACUCUAAUUAUAAUCACCACAAUCUGAAAUUACUAGAUUUUCAAUUGAAACACAAGCAUAAACUAUUAAAAGUCACUGUUCUAAUAGAACAUCUUCUACAUCUGAAGAGGAAGAAAGCAAGGAACAAUCAAACAAAAUGAAGAAUUAAAUCAAAAUUAGAAAUAACAGUACUGAUAAGUAGCAAAAUAUUUAUAAAUUGAUUAAUUCCUUUAAAAUGAACUAAUUUGAGAACUAGUAAUUUCAAUAGGAUAUCAAUUCAGCCUCAAAUGAAAGUGAAUAGAUCUCAUAAAAAACCUUGGAAGAUGAUGUUGUUCCAAAAAAUCGAAAGAAAAAUUAACAACUUGAAGUUAAAAAGAAUCUAUCGAUAAAACAAGAAAGUCCAGAGAAAAGCUUGAAAGAGUAAUUAGAAAAUGUUUAAUAAAAGGGAAAAUAAAAAUUGAUUGAAUAAAUCAAUUCAGAUAUUCUUGAUUUCACUGAUAAUAUUAUGAGUGAAUAUGAAGAAAUGCUCCCAUUCAGAUUUUUGGCCUUUGAGAGGGUUAAAUCAGUAAUUUAGAAGGUGUUCUUAGGGAUUCCUGAUGGGAUGAUUACAUCUAGACUCUUUGGUUCUUGUGCUACAGGAUUAGCCUUGUUAGAUUCUGAUAUUGACAUUGGGAUCAAUGGAUUGGAAGUGUAUAAUCGAAAUAUGCUAAAGAGUCACUUUGAUAACUUGUAUUUUGAGUUCUCCAGAAAAAAAUGGGUGGUCAAAGCAAAUCCAAUAUUUAAUUCAUCUGUUCCAAUAAUUAAAUUAGAAAUAGAUCCAUAGAUAAACAUAUUUGAAUAUGAAGGAAGGAACUUGGAUGAGUAAUAAAUUCAAUUGUGGAAAAGGCUAAAACAGAAAUUAAAGAGUGGAAUAAAGGUGGACAUCUCAUUUAACUUCAAUGGGAAUGGCAUUUAUUCUACUCAUCUAGGUUCGAUAACUACUGAUUUGGUUAAAAAAUGGAUGGAAGAAUACCCAUCAUUACAAUAGAUUGUCCUUAUUUUAAAGUCCAUGAUUAAAAAGCUUAAGCUCUCAGAGUCGUAUACAGGGGGUCUAUCCUCUUACUCAUUAAUCAUCAUGGUUUACUCUUAUAUGAGAGAAUAGAGAGUUGCUUCUAAUUUGAUUGGGGAACAAUUUGUUGACUUGAUCAACUUUUAUAUAAACUGCUUUGACUCCUCCUCUACUGGAAUAGGUCUAUUGGCAGACAUUCAUAAUCCCAAUUCUAGUUACUUUUUCAAUUUAUAAGACUAUUGCUUACCUAUGUUACCGAUCACGAUAUUCAAUCCCUACAAUAGAAAGUUACUUACACAUUCUUGUGUGCAAAUCAACAAGAUUUUCGAUUUCUUUAAAGUGAUUUUGAAGGAGUUGGAUGCAAAAAAAGAGUUCUAUUGUAAUUAUGUGGUGUUAGGGAAAAAGAAACAAUAAAAGCUAAAUAAAUCAUUAGAGAACUUUAUAGUUAGCAUUUUAGAAUAAAUAAAAUGA